UGUGGUCUAUGCCCGAAAAUCAACCCAUGUCCAAAACAAAUUUUGUUUCUGUUCUCUGUUGUGCCACUUACAUAAUCGGAUUAUUUAUUUUUAGAAAGAUUUCGUAUAAUUAGAUAAACCGUAUUACUAAUGCUUUGUAUCAGAGCGUUCUUCCGUUUGACUCAGCAUAAAUUACCUCAUCAUCAAUUCAAUCAUUACAAGAGAGUUUCACCGAUUUAUACAUCAGCGUGCAGACGACCUCAUUUUUUCAAUUUUCACCUUUACACGUACAAAGCACUGAAGAUGGUUGACAAGGUGGAUAAGUCUGAGCUGAAGAAGAAGUUGACCCCUAUGCAAUACCAUGUAACCCAAGAAAAAGGCACUGAGCGACCCUUUACAGGAUGCUAUGACAAAACUUUUGAAGAAGGUACCUAUGUAUGUAUUGUAUGCCAACAACCUCUAUUCAGUUCCAAAACGAAAUUUGAUAGUGGAUGUGGAUGGCCAGCUUUCAAUGAUGUUCUAGAUAAGGGAAAAGUUAAACUCACUCCUGACACUAGUGGAGUUGGCUCAAACCUUUUACUCCUCAUAUCCCAACCAGGACGCAUAAGAACUGAAGUGACCUGCUCUAAGUGUGAUGCACAUCUUGGUCAUGUGUUCGAUGAUGGACCUGCGCCAACAAGGAAGCGUUUCUGCAUCAAUUCUGCCUCCUUAGAGUUUAUUCCAGCCAAAAAGAGCGGAGACAGUUAAUAACUGGUAUGUCAGAUAGUUAGGAUUGACAUAACAGUCUUAAGAUUGAUCUAUCAAAGUUAUUUUUAUAUGAAAUAAUUAUAUUAUAAGGAUUGGUUUUGGAUAAUAUCAUAAGUUUUAGUCGGUAAAUUACUAAGUGAAACUUUCAUAUGAGUACCCAAAUGACUUAAUUCAGAGGGUCGAAGUUUCUGUUCUCAAUAAAUGACCGAUUUUUUUAAACAGUAUUGUUUUUCAAGGAAUUAUUUUCGAAGUGAAUAUUCUAGUCCUUUUUUAUUUCAAAUAAUUUAUAAUUGUCCAAUUGUUAUCCUAAUUUAUUGUCGAACAAACUGACCUGUUUGAAUUUGUUUUUAACUAGGCCUUGAUCCUAUUUUCGAAUAAGUGCUUUUCUUGUUUUUCCAUAAUACCUACUAAAAUACAAGAAAUUUUAUUAGAGUUGUUGCUGCAAUAUUACAUUUAGUAUAAAUGUAUCUCAAACUAAUUCACAGAAUGAAAUAUUAAAAAUGUUAAUAAAACAUUUUUGCUUUAA